GUAAUAAACGGUACAAAAAUGGUAUUCAAGAAUUUCGUUACACUUUUCCAGAAAAUCGAAAACAACCGGGCGUUUUCGAUGGCCGGUUUCCCUUCUUUCCACCACAUUCCCAUCGUCGUGGAGCAAUCCGGGCGCGGGGAAAGAGCGUUCGAUAUCUAUUCCCGAUUGCUAAAAGAGAGAAUUAUAUGUCUCAUGGGACCGGUAAAUGACAUUUCUAGUUCCCUUACAAUCGCUCAACUAUUGUUUUUGCAAUCAGAAUCGUCCACGAAACCCAUUCAUAUGUACAUUAAUUCUCCAGGAGGGGUCAUAACAUCUGGUCUGGGCAUUUACGAUACUAUGCAGUACAUUUUACCGCCAGUUGCAACUUGGUGCGUUGGACAAGCUUGCAGCAUGGCUUCUUUACUUUUAGCUGCCGGAACGAAGGGAAUGAGAAACUCUCUUCCCAAUGCAAGGAUUAUGAUCCACCAGCCGUCGGGCGGAGUGGUGGGCCAAGCAACCGAUAUCAAAAUACAAGCUGAAGAAAUCUUAAAGUUAAAGAAGCAGAUAAACUCUCUGUAUCAAAAGCAUACCGGUAUGCCGCUGGAGCUGGUCGAAACCAGUUUGGAAAGGGACCAUUUCAUGACGCCCAACGAAGCGCUGGCGUUCGGAUUGAUCGAUAAUGUUCUGACGAGCAAACCGGAUGUCGCCAAUAAGAAAAGCGAGGAAGCCAAAGCGUUGAUGGACGAUUUGAUUAAGUUGCCGAAGACGCAAAACGACAAGGAAGAAGAGAAAAUUUUGCGCAAAAAUGUCGGGCCGAACUUCAUCGAUUUGAAGUACAAGGAUGGCGAACGUACUACCAAAUAAUUUUAAGAAAUCCA